UGACCUGCAAUUUCCUUUCCAGCAACCAUGGCUGAUUCCACCGCUGUUGAGCCUACCGUGGCUGACAAGGUCGAGAAGGUAGAGGAGAUGACCACCGAGCAGGCUACUGAGCAGGCUACUGAACAGCCUGUUCCUGCUGUUGCUGCUGCUUCUGAACCCGCUGUUGAACCCGUCGUUGAAGCCACGGAGGCGAAGCAGGAAACUGAGGAGAUCAAGCCCGUGGAGCCGAAGCAGGAGGACACAAUCGAGGAGGUUAAGCAGGAGGAGGCGGCUCAGGAAGAGCCCGCGGUGCAGCUGCCCCCGUAUCUGGCGAGCAACCCGGCUCUGGUGCAGCUGUUUGAGAAGCUGCCGGCUAUCCUGUCAGCCACGGGUCACUCCGAGAUGUGGGGGGUUCCUCUGAAGGACUCGGACGAUGUGCCUACCGUCAACGUGCUGAUCAAGUUCCUCCGUGCCAACGAAGGGAAUGUCAAGCUGGCCGAAGAGCAGCUGACCAAGGCCCUCCAGUGGCGCAAGUCCAUGAACCCCAUCGCCCUGAUCGACGGGACCUACAGUGCGAGCAAGUUCACCGAUCUGGGAUACAUCACCAACUACGAGCAUGGCAACACUGUCAUCACCUGGAAUCUCUACGGCACCGUCAAGGAUAUCGAGAAGACAUUUGGUGAUGUCGACGAUUUUAUUAAAUGGCGGGUGGCUCUCAUGGAGCUCGCGAUCAAGGAUCUCAAGCUGAACGAGGCGACCUCUGUGAUCGAGUACGAGGGCGAAGACCCUUACCAGAUGAUCCAGGUCCACGAUUACCACAACAUCAGCUUCCUGCGCUCCCCCCCGAGCGUGCGCGCCGUGUCCAAGAAGACCAUCGAGGUCUUCAGCACCGCCUACCCGGAGCUGCUCCGUGAGAAGUACUUUGUCAACGUGCCCGCCAUCAUGGGCUGGAUGUACGCCGCCAUGAAGGUCUUCCUUAGCAAGAACACCGUCCGCAAGUUCCACCCCAUCUCCAACGGGCUCAACCUGGCGCGCGAGCUCGGCCCCAUCUCGUCUCUCGUGCCCGCCGCCUACGGUGGCAGUGGACCUGAGCUUCAGAAGCAAUCCAAGACCGUCACUUUGACCGUGGACGAGGAGCCUGCCAAGGAGGAACCCGCUAAGGAGGAGCCUGCUAAGGAAGAACCUGCCAAGGAAGAACCCGCUAAGCAAGAGGCUGCGGCCACCACCGAGGCCGUUCCCGCUGCAACUGAAGCCUAAACCAAACGAAGAACGGGAGAAACAAGGCUUCCACUAGUCUUCUAAUGAAGGGAGAGAAAGAGGGAUGGAAGGAGAAGGUUGACAUUUCAGAUACCCAGAGGGAAC